AUGGAGAGGACUCCUACCUUUGGAUCUGGAAACACCAUCACUCCAGCAUCACAGAACAACCCAGGCAACCAAGCAGUCCAAGAUGAAACAUUCAGCACCAACGAUGCAUCCGGUCAGCCUUCCAAGUACUUUGGAAAGGGUGGCAAGCUUCGUCCCUUUCGGUUGCUGAAGCAGGACAUGAUCAACUUCAGGAGUCGAUGGGUAUCAGACUGGCAAGUCUUUAACCAGCAGGUUAUCGCGAGCGCCGUCUACAUCUUCUUCACCAACAUUCUGCCGGGUAUCACGUUUGCUAGUGACCUGUACACUCUUACAGGCAAGUCGUGGGGAACUAUCGAGGUGGUGUUUAGCACUGGGCUCUGCGGGUUGAUCUUUUCCGUCUUCUCUGGCCAACCUCUCACCAUCUUGGGCGUCACGGGCCCCUUUUCCGUGUUGGCUGAAAACAUCUACGAACUAUGUGAAACACACUUUCAUGUCGAGUUCCUCCCCGUCAUGGCAUGGUCUCUCAUCCACGCCGGGUGGAUGCACUACCUCCUGGCAAUCUUCAACGCCCACGACUGGACCAUGCAGUACGUGACGCACUUUAGCGCCGACAUCUUUUCCCUUCUCAACAGCGUCAUUUACUUCCACAAGGCUGCCAUGGAGCUUAAGCGCACUCAUGCCAGGGUCUCACUGGCCGCCUUUCUAUACGCCAUCAUCGGUGCAUUUGGAACAUGUCUGCUGGCCAUCCUGCUGUCAACAGCCAACUCGUGGAAGCCCAUGCUUCAUCGUUAUGUUCGUCUUGGGCUAACAGAGUAUGCCGCUGCAAUCUCCAUCGUCUUCUGGAUCGGUAUCCCCUAUAUCGGAGAGCUAGCAGACCUUGACCACGUCCGCCUCGAAGUCCAGACCAAGUUUAGACCUACGAACCCCGAUCGACACACCUUCUUUGUGCGCUUCUGGGACCUGCCUGUGGAAUGGGUAUUUCUAUCCAUGAUCCCUGGUGCCAUCGUCACUGUCCUGUUCUACUUUGACCACGAGAUUAGCAGCAUCAUCUGUACCGUGAAGCGUUAUGGUACCAAGAAGCCUGGCGGAUAUGCCUGGGAUAUUGUCCUUUUGGGAACAACCACCAUCAUCUGCGGUAUCUUGGGUAUCCCUCCAGCCAACGGACUUCUCCCUCAGGCGCCGCUACACUCGGAGUCGUUGAUGCAUUACGUCCUUGAGAGUCCUCCUGCUGAAGAGGGCGAGCAGCCAGAUUCACCUCGACCGGUUGCGCGGACAUAUGAGCAGAGAUACUCACACUUCAUCCAAGCAGCCAUGAUCCUCAUCUUUGUCUCUCCGCCGCUACAGAAGCUACUCGGCUUUACACAGACCUCAGUGCUCGCUGGUCUAUUCAUGUUCAUGGGUUAUCAGUCCCUCUCAGUCAACCCAAUCCUCGAGCGAGUCGUCCAGCUUCUCACCCCGCCAUCAGACCUACACGAGCUGCCCCCCGGCGUAACUUGGUUCGGCAUCCACGCCUACACAAUCACACAGAUCAUCCUCACGGGCAUCGUCUUUGGUGUAACGCUCACCGUCGCGGCGCCCGCCUUCCCCCUCAUCAUCAUCGCCCUGGUCCCCGUGCGGCUAUCCCUUAUGAACAGGCUGUGGAGCCGCGAGACGCUGCGUCUGGUCGACGGCUGGGCGUGCCGGGAUGGGAAACCCGAGGAUCCUGAGAAGGCCAGGACCUGA